UCUCUCUCUCUUUCUCUGUUACAAGUUUUCCGAACAUAAACAACAAACCACAUUCCAUUGUGGUCUGUUUUGUUUGGUUUGGUUGGGUGUUUCUCUGUUGCGGUGCUCCUUCCAUCUGAGUCUCUUCUCCUUCAAAACCCCAAGUAAGGGACCUGGUGGUCUCUUCUCACUAACCAGGCCCCUCUCGACGGGAACAAGAGGAGAUAGAGAUAGAGAGACUGCUACAUUCUUCCUUUCACUUCUUCUUCUUCUUCUUCUUCUUCAGCUUCAGCUUCAGCUUCAUUCUCCAAAAUGAACGACCUCCUCACGGAUUCUUUCGAGAUCCCUCGGGGUCAACCUCCUAGAGAUGGAGAUAUUGAACUAGGAACAAAUGUCUCAAUGAAUUCUGGAGAACUUGGUUUGGAAUUUUUUUUUAAGAAGGUUCAAGAAAUUGAGAAACAAAAUGAGAAGCUAGAUAAGCUUCUGAGAAAGCUCCAGGAUGCACAUGAGGAGACCAAGGCAGUGACUAAGGCUCCUUCCAUGAAAGCCAUUAAAAAGCGGAUGGAGAAAGAUGUAGAUGAAGUUGGAAAAAUUGCCCGCUUUAUAAAAUCAAAAAUUGAAGAACUUGACAGAGAGAAUUUAGCAAAUAGACAGAAACCUGGAUGCGGGAAAGGAACUGGUGUAGAUCGAUCGCGAACAGCAACGACUCUUGCUUUGAAAAAGAAACUUAAGGACAAGAUGGCUGAGUUUCAGACUCUAAGAGAAACCAUUCAUCAAGAGUAUCGGGAGGUUGUCGAGAGGCGAGUGUUUACAGUAACGGGCACAAGAGCGGAUGAAGAGACAAUUGAGAGAUUAAUUGAGACCGGAGACAGCGAACAAAUUUUUCAAAAGGCAAUCCACGAACAAGGGCGAGGCCAGAUAAUGGACACUCUAGCUGAAAUUCAAGAGCGCCAUGAUGCUGUUAGAGACCUUGAGAAGAAGCUGCUUGAUUUACAGCAGAUAUUUCUUGAUAUGGCGGUGUUGGUGGAUGCACAAGGGGAAUUGCUCGAUAACAUUGAAACCCAGGUAUCAAGUGCAGUUGAUCAUGUACAGCAGGGGAAUACCGCUCUGCAUAAGGCCAAGAAGCUACAGAAGAAUUCCAGGAAAUGGAUGUGCAUCGCGAUCCUCAUUCUUCUUAUCAUUGUCGUAAUCAUUGUGGUUGCCGUGUUGAAGCCAUGGAGUAGCAACAAUGGUGCUUAAGUCCUCUUACCAAUUUAUGAUUGAUGGAUUGAAUAUAGCGAAAAUACGGCAGACAUCACUGAGACUCAGGCCGCAAACUCCUCGGAUCAUGUGAAUCAUUCUAUUAUUUUUAUUGUCUUGUGACGCACUCAUCCUAAUAUUAUUAAGAGUUAAUUUCGCCAUCGGUACCCAAAUUAUUGUGGCAAGGUCAAUGUAGUACCCCAACUCUGAGUUGUACCAAUGUAGUACCCAAACUUGUAAUUCGCUAUCAACGAAGAGUCUGAGCCCAAUUUCCGUUACGGCUUCGUUAUCUCGGUCACGUGUCCCGCACGUGACCACAAAAAAAAUUUCAACAUCGGUACUCAAACUCUUGUGGUAAGAUCAAUGUAGUACCUCAACUUUGAGUUGUACCAAUGUAGUACCCAAACUCGUUU